UUCCGUCUCCACUUAACUGCACGCACGCACACAGCCACGCACAUCUAGCAUCGAAAACCCUUAAAACCGCCAAUCUUUCUCGCGUUCUUUCACUUUUUAAUGGCGGAGGAACAAGUGGCGGUAUCUUCUCCAGAGGCCAGCCCCGCGCCUACGGAUCACAAGCGCAAGCUGGAGGAGCUGGAGCCUGAAACUCAGCAAGAAAUCGUGGCUGACCCGCCAGAGGAGGACUCCGAAGAGAAGACCGAGGAUCAUGAGCAAGAAAACAGUGACGAGGCAGGCCCCGAUUUGCCCGAGGCCAAACGCACUAGGAUAGAUGAGAAAGCCGAUGGUUUAGAUAGUGAAAAUGGGUUCAAAUUAGAUAAUAAUGAGAAGCCUGUGAAGGAGGAUGCUGUAGUGCUGAAUGUGGUGAAUGAGCAGCGGGAGGAUCCAGAGCCCACAUCUAAGGAAGUUCAACAGACAAUAGAUGAUGAACAGCCCGCUGCUGAGAAUCAUGAGACUGCAGAUAGCCAGAAAGUUCCUGGUGAUGGCUCUGAGGAGGAGAACAUUCUUGAAUCCUCGAAAGGGGAAACUGAGAAACCUCCUGAAAAGACUCCUGAGCAAGAGUUUGAUGAUUCUGCACCACAAAUACAACCCACAUUUGAUGAUGGGCCGACUACAUUACGCAAAAUGGAAGUCCCUAAUAACAAGGUUGGAGUUCUUAUUGGCAAGGCUGGGGAGACAAUACGGUUCUUGCAGUACAAUUCGGGAGCAAAAAUCCAAAUCACCAGGGAUGCUGAGGCUGAUCCAAACUUGACAACAAGGCCUGUGGAAUUAAUAGGGACUUUGAGCAGUAUUGAAAAGGCUGAAAAGCUUAUAAAUGCUGUGAUAGCAGAGGCAGAUGCUGGGGGUUCCCCUACCCUUGUAGCUAGGGGCCUUCGUAGUGUUCAGAAUGCUGGCCCAACAGAGCAAAUUGAGAUUCAAGUUCCAAAUGAGAAGGUUGGUUUGAUCAUUGGUAGAGGUGGGGAUACCAUUAAAGGUUUGCAGAACAGAUCAGGAGCUCGUAUCCAGGUAUUGAUGCCUCAGCAUCUUCCAGAAGGGGAUGAUUCGAAAGAAAGAACUGUACGAGUGACUGGUGAUAAGAGGCAGAUUGAGAUGGCUAGAGAAAUGAUAAAGGAGGCUAUGAAUCAGACUAUGAGACCUUCACCUCUCUCCAGCACUUUUAACCAGCAGGCCUAUCGAUCACGUGGACCCAGUGUUCCGCAUCAAUGGGGACCCAGGGCUUCCCAUGCUGCCCACUCGAUGCCAUAUGAUUAUCAUCAACGAGGACCUUAUCCAUCCCAAAAUCAACAGUAUACCCAUCCAACGUAUGGAAGUUAUCCCCCACAGCAGAUGGCACCAAGAAAUAACUUUGCUUCUGGUUGGGAACAAAGAGCUCCAUCUGGCAUGCAGGGGCAACCUCCACGUGGUGGUGGCUAUGAUUACUAUGGCGGACAGGGAGCCCGUUCAUUUGAUCAUUCAGUCCCCAGUCAAGUUUCUAAUCCCAUGCAUGGUUUUGGCCAUUCCCCUGCCUCUGCCAUGGGUCCACCCCCAUCCCAGGCUAGUUACAAUUAUGGACAGGCUCGAGAUUCAGAUUAUGGUCAUCCUGCUCCUUAUUCACAGACUGCCCAUACACAGCAAAGCUAUGGUCGUGGAUAUGAGGAACCGAAGUAUGAUAAUCAGGCUCCAACACAACAUUCAUAUGGAGGACAUGGAAGUUCUCAGCCAAUCUACCUACAAACUGGUAGUCAACCAGGUUAUGCAGCAGAACAGCAGUAUAGUAAGCCAGCGUCAUAUGCAAUGCCAUCCCAAGUGCCUCCUGCGCAAUCAUAUGGCCCUCAGAGACCUACUCAACCUGGAGAAACGCCUUAUCAUGGUGCUGUUCCAUCUGCCCAAUCAUAUGGUACAAAUAUGCAACAGCACCAGCAACCACAGCAACAGCAGUACCCCUAUGCAUCAACUGCUCCCAUGCAGCAACCAUAUCCUUCAUAUGGCUCAGCACCUGCAGCUGAUGGGUAUAAUCAGGUACCGACUGCAUCGGGUCCAGGCUAUCAGGUGCAGGCGGGGCAACCAGUCUCUGGUUAUGCUCAGCCUGUACAGCAGGCAGCUGUGUAUGGACAGAUGGGUUAUGGGCAGUAUCCACCUUCACAAGGCUACACUGAGCAGCCAGUCCCAAGCUCUGCAGGCUAUGGUUUUCAAGGUACACAAGAUCAAGCUUAUGGUAGUGCUGCUGGAUCAACCUAUAGUGCGCCACCUAGUGGGCAGCCAGCUUAUGCUCAAUCAACAGCUGCUCAACCUGGUUAUGAUCAGUCUGCUGCAGAAUCAGGUGGUUAUGCAGUUGUUCCAACUAGUGCGCCUGCUAGCUAUGGGAAAACUUUGUCUCCACAAUCUGGUUAUCCUCAGUAUGACUCAACACAGAUGUAUGCUGCACCUCAUUAAUGUAUCUUAUCAGUUUUUUUUUUUUGUAUGGAUGUAUCUUAUCAGUUAUCCGACGGUUUUUUAGGUCUGUUUUUCAACUGUAUUGACUUAUGAAUGAUACUAACUUGUGGUUGUCUUCUGUCUUUCUAUGAGCAUAGAUAAUAUCUAGUUA